AUGGUCAAUGUCGCAGGCCGGAGCAAAGGAUGCGCGCCCUGCCGGCGGCGCAAAGUAAAGUGCGACUUGGGCGUCCCGCAGUGCCGGCGCUGCAUCGACCUCCGCCUCGCGUGUCCCGGCCCGCGGCUCGGGGCCUUUUUCGUGCACGCCCAGGCGCAGCCGCUCCUCCGGGUCCCGCCCGCGCCCGGCGCCGCCCUGCUCGCGUGUCGCGCCUCGGCGCACGACCAGCUCUUCCUCGGGCACUUCAUCUCCUCCUUUGGUCUUUCGCCGCACAUUGCCAGCGGACCGACAUGGCUGGAGCGGCUGCCCUCGUUUCUCGGCGGCCGCGGCGCGGCGACGGCGUCGAUCCGCUCCGCCGCCAUGCUGAGCUACGGCACGUGGGCGGGCGACGCGGCCGUGCGGGCGGACGCGUACCGGUGGGGCGCGGCGGCGCUGGUCGAGGCCGCCGGCCCGGAGGCGUGUCGCGACGGCGGCUUCUUGCUGGCGGUGCUGAGCCACCUUCGCUUCCAGGUGUUCCUCGCGUCGAUGCAGGACAACACGCUGCACGCGUUUGCGGGGCGGGAGUGGCGCGAGGUGCCGUUUCGGGGGCAUGGCAAGACGCUGUUUGACGAGCUGGUGGAUGCGCUGUUUGCGGUGCAGGAAUGCCUCUUUUUCGUGCAGCAGCGUGUCGACAUGGGCCGAGACAGUGCGGGGGAUGAUCCGUUCGUGGAGAGCAGACCCUUGGUGGAGGAUGCGGCAGAGCAGCUGUCCAGCUGGAACGAACGCUACAUGCGGUUCCUGCGGCCAGCUUCAUGGGAUGGCAGUUCUCGUGGAGAUGAGCUGAUGCUGUUAGAGAAGCCGGGUGCGAUGGGAUCUGAUGCCACCGUGGUUUCAACGCUUGGCCUACCUGAAGCAGCGCUCAUGUCUUUGUUCCACGCAGGGCGGCUCAUCAUCGCUCAGCUCGCGUCUGUGGCAGAUGCUGGCUUGCCCGACACGGCGGAGGAAGACUCCUGGGUUAUUUUGCAAGCAAACAGAUUCAGCACGCCGAGCAACUCGCCGCCGAGCAGCACGAGCAGCAAACUCCGACCAUUCAUGAUGCUCCCAGGCCUCAAGAUUGCCAGUCUCUGGAGUCCAGUGCCGGAGGUGCGCACGCAGGCUGCCGCCUUGCUUCUCAACGAGCAGAUUUUGACGAGUCCAAUGGCAGAGCUUGCACUGACGUCGGAUGGUUAUUUUUCCGAAAUGGCAAGUUCAAUUUUGAAUCCUCGCACGGGCUUUCCUUUGAUCAAAUGA